UGGAAGAGCAUUCACAGUUUUGCAGCCUGAGGUUUGCUUUGUAACACACAGAAAGGGAGUCUGGAUUACAGUUUAACAUGUUGCUAGCUGUGGCGGUUCUGUGCAGCGUAGUGCUAUGGACGCACUCAUUCAACUCCACUGAUAUACAGCCCCAGGCAGAUUUUGACCUCGAAAAGUUUACAGGUGAAUGGUAUCGUGUUGGCUUUGCUUAUGACGACCCAGUAGUUAUUAAAUACAAAAGCAAAAUGCUAAUCUCAAGAGGCCAUCUGAUUGCUAAUGAAAAUGGAGGAGCCAACCUUACCAUGUGGACAAUGAAUAGCCAAAAGACAUGUGAUAUAAGUUCUUAUGUGUAUGAGAAGACAGAGGUUCCUGGAGCUUUCACUUAUUUCAGUCAACGGCACAAGAUUGAAAAGGACAUUACUGUGGUGGAGUCAAACUACACUGACUACGGGGUCGUCCUGAAAUACAAGAAUAUGAACAAAGAAUACUCUCAGCUGGCUCUCUAUGGCCGAAAGCCAGAACUCAGGCCGGAGGUGGUAGAACAUUUCAGAUCAUUUGCCUUGUCUAUUGGGUUUUCUGAGGAGGCCAUCAUAACACCAGCCAUUGUGGACCCAUGCCCCCUUCCAGAGCCAAGUAAUAUGACAGAAUUGCUGGAUUAGAAGAGUCAAUGUUCAUCGUUUCUUUGCUCAUCUUGCUCAUCCUCGUUAUCCACAAAAAUUCUGUGCAACUUUGUUGGUGCUUGUUAUUGUUUUCUAAUAAUGUUUAUGACUCUUAUGUACAGUAAAUACCAUGUAAUAACAGAGUGAAGCAGUCAUAUACUGUUAAUUCUGUAAAGUUAUGCUUAUGGAAUUUCUUAUUUUCUAUCAUUAGUUAAAACUAGUAAAAACAUAUUGCAGCAUUUAAUGUAUAGCCUGCGAUGUUUCUUCUUCUCAGCAGAGGUCAGUGUAGUAAAAUGCUCUAGUCAGAUCCAGCUGUGUCACAGAGUUAAUUUUGUCCUUUUGUUAAAACCUUUGAGGGUCUGAGAUUCUACAUGGAAGAAUAAGACAUCAUUAUCAUGCCCUUUUGUUCUAUAUCUUAUGGUGUUUUUUCUAGGCUGCAUUUAGCAGGGUUGCCAAGUCUCCUCUUUUUCUGUGGACUUUGGCCAGUUUGCAACCACAGGCUUAUUUUUCUGUCUACUGGUUGGGUUUUAGCAUUUAUUAGAAUAAUAAUGUCAAAUGUUUGCAAGACAGAUACUGAGGUUGAAUGGUUUUAUUAACUCAUGUUCUUUUUAAUCCAAAAUGACCCCUUUUUCAUUUGAACGAUGCUAACAAUGAUGUCUAUGUACUUUCCACUGCAAAGAUAUUAUAAAUAAUCAAUUAAAACAUGUAGAGGCAAAUGUAAUUAACAUUUCUCUUUAUUAGACUAUUUCUUGAUGUUUUGAUAUCAUUUUCUCCCAUGUAUAAUACCAAAAUGAUGUAGAAAGGUGUAUUAAACAUAAUUGUAAAUGUGAACCUUAAAGCUAAUGUUAAAAUAUGUCUCUUUCUUUCACUCUCUCUUAUUUCUUCUCCUACCUUGCAGCCUUCACACACCUUUGCCAUGCACUCUAUUUUGUUACUGUGUUUCUUUAAAUUCUGAAAUGAUAGUAUGAGAAUACUAGAAUGGGACAUAACGCUGAUAAAAGGCAAACAUAACGUGGUUUAAUAGAAAACGGUAAAUGCGUAAUGAUAAAUGCAUGUAUAUGGGCUGUGUUUAUGAUUAAAGUGCAGUGAAUAAACAUGUAAAAUGAUGUGUGUAAUAUGACCUUGACGUUUGGGGAAACUAUAUGAUGUCUCUUUGUAAAUAAUUCAAUAUGUUUUGCAACAAAAA